UUUCGUUCCAUUCUAGUGGAAGUGCGCAGACGCCGAGUAGAAGGAAGCCGCGAGCUCCGCGACCGCGAACGCGAGAGGUCGGUGUGAUUUCGGAGAUGGGCAAGGGCGGCGAGCUGUGGGACGACUCGGCGCUGGUCGACGCCUUCGACCGCGCCGUCGCGACCUUCAAGGCAAUGCACGGCAAGAAUACCCAAGCAACGCCAUGUGAGAAUGAAAAGCCAGAACAUGCUUCUGCUGCUGCAGAAGAAGAGGAAACAGAUGAGCACAGAGAGAAAGAUGACAACUAUAACAAAAUACCCUGUGGUGCGAUGGAGACACUACAGGAGCCCUCUGAAGAAAGCAAGACAAUUGAGCAAGCUCCUCCUCUUCAAGAAACUGAUCCAGGCAUAGAGAUACAUGCUUCAGAGUUUAAGACACUCUCCUCAGAUGCUACUGAUGCUGACAGAAAUGUGAGCUCAAGCCAGCAAGGGGAGCACACCGAAUUGCUCAGACGAUACUAUGAGCUUGAGGAGCAGAGUCGGAAUGUUCUUCAACAACUCCAACAAACAAACUAUUGGAAUUAUAAAGAACCAGAAUAUGCUUCUAUGUACCAACAACAGCAAGCGCCUGCCUAUAAUGGUACAGCACCAGAUCCACACUCUUGCACCGCUCAAUCCUCAUGCUGCUAUUGGAAUGUUCCCCUGGUAUCUGUCUCCUGCUGUUCAGCUGGCCAGCCAAGUGGAAGUUCUGAUUCUGUGCCACCUAAUGGUGGUUGCAGCGUAUCAUUGACUUGUGAUCAGUGCCCUGGUGCAAGCACUACAUACACUACCGGUGCAAACUUCAUGCAGCCCCCAACAACGGUAUCAACCAAUGACGAUCAAGUUACCAAGGUUGCAAUGAUGACCACCGAAGGUGCCUUCAAUUUCAUGAGAAGUACAAUAUCUGGAGACCCUGCCUCCCAAAGAAAAGAGACUGAAACUGGAAAGGAAAGCACAAGUAUGGGUAUGUGGCCGAAUUUUGACACCACGGGAGCAGAUAGUGAUCUUGCUGUUGUCUUAAAUGCAUGGUAUGCAGCUGGGUUUUACACUGGCAGGUACCUCAUGCAGGAAUCCGUGAAAAACUCGCGACAGUAGUGUAUUAUGCUACUGCCGUCGUGAUGUAGAUUUCUACCAAGAGUUAGCUAAGAGUCUCACCAAGGGUGCCUGUUUUGCUUAUGGAAGAACUGAGAAAUCUACUUAACCUCCCAUGAAACUGAAUAUUUGGAUGGACUUCUGCAAUUUACUGUAUUGCGCUUGUCUUAUGAUUUGACAGAAAAGGGGUAACAUUUGUACUGUUGCUUCAGCUUGUCGUUUUGCAACCCAUGUUUGUGAGAUCCAUAGCAUCAUAUAUAUGGACUGUGACCUUGGUGAAAUCUCUUUUCCAGUUACUGAUGGUGGUGAUGUCUAGAAUGCGCUGCAAUCUGUAACCUAUUUCGGCAGGCUGUUUUUAGCAGGUAGCCAUUUGUGGGCUCGAAUAGCUUUACAAGUGCUUCUGCUAUUAAGCAAUGCCAACAGGAAGUUUUGGUGCUUGUGAUUUCUCCAUGGCUCCAUGUGUGAUC